CUCCUCCUUCUCCUCCUCCUUCCCACCGCGCAGGCAGCGCUCGCAGAGAUCUACCCCGCCGGGGCUCCACGGAGGGAGACCCUCCCUCCUCCCACGGCAAGCCGCAAUUCCCCAACGAAGUCCCUCCCGGGGCGCUGCAGAAAGCAGCCGGGCAGAGCGCCGGGCUCGCAGAGAGGAGGGACCAGCUGCGCCCCGUCCGUCCCCCGUGCGCAAAGCGCUCGCCCGCCCUGCGCAAAGCCCGGAAAAGCAGCGGCGGCGGAGGGGGCCACGCACGUGGGCGUCCCCGGGCGCGCUUGGCAAGGGCUGCGCGGCUUCUGGCUGGGCGAGCGGAGCAGCCGCGGGAUCUCCAGGCGCGGGGAGGGCUGCGGGUGGCCCUCCCUGCCUCGUUUCCUUCGGAGAACCGGCUGAGCUUUGGGCAUCAUGCUUUUUCUGCCCGGCUGGGUGCUUCUCUGGGCGCUGCUGGGCGCGGGAGAAGGGGCGCAGGAGCCCCCCGCAGCAGGCCUUCUCCUUGAAUUGUCCUUGGGGACGUUCAGGAAUUUCUUGUUGAAUGAAAGUGUCCCAGCUGAAGCUGUCCUGAAGAACAUCGCCGGCAACGUGACUGUCAUCCUCUUUCAGAUGCACACCCACCACCAAAAUGUGACCAUUUCCUUCGACAAGGAACCUUUUCCUAGCAACUCAGGAACUGGAAUAGACAAAGGAUUAAUUUCGGUGCUUCGACCUGAACAAACUGUGUGCACCUGGUAUUUGCGAGCUGUGGGUUCGAAUCAGGUGUUGAGCACAGCUGUUUCUUUACCAUACACCGAAAAAGAUCCAAUACCCGGUGGAUGCAACUUGGAAUUUGAUUUGGAAACGGACCCCAACCUUUAUCUAGAAUAUAACGUGGCUGAGACACACAUUAAAUUUGCUCCAGCAAAUCUGGGGUACGCAAGAGGCUCAAACCCACCACCAUGUGAUUUGGGAACAGGUCUGGAUACCAGGUGGAGACUCUAUUAUGAUGUCUAUCAGUAUUUUCUCCCUGAGAACGAUUUAUCUGAAGCCACGUUUGUGAGUCACAUGAAAAGAAUGUCUGAAGCUCAAAGUAUCCGGGCUCAUGGAUCUAAAAUGAUGACGUUAACCAGUCAAGAUAAAACUGAGCUGUACUUCUCUUCACUUCCUGGACAAGGCGUGAUCUACAAUGUCAUUGUGAGAGAUCCUAAGUUGAACACUUCAGCUGCAUAUGUGCCUGUUCACACAUAUGCCUGUAGCUUCUCUGCCUUGGUGAAUAACUGCUACACCUUUAGAAGGUUGUCCACUAAAAUCUUUUUCACCACGUUGGGUCUUCUUGGUCUCUUUAUCUGUUUCUUCGGACACAGAUUCUGGCAAACAGGUUUAUUCUUUAGUGGCUUUAUCUUCACGGCUUUCUUCUUCUACAUUGUCAUUACAAAAACAUCUGCUCUCAGCUAUGAUGCCACUCUUGGUCUUACUGCAACAGCCGGUAUCAUUGGAGGCCUCCUCUUAGUAGGAAAUUGGUGGCUAUUUGGUCUUGUGAUCCCGUGUAUGCUAAUUGUAGGAGUAGUGCUGGGGUUUCUUGUGUCCUCUUCAUUUUUCUUCACUCCAGUAGGAGACUACAAAAUUUUUCAAGACGAUGCUGUUUACUGGGUCUCUUUCUGUUGUGUCGCCUUGGUGAUUCCAGUAAUUUUUGUCUGCUGCCUCAGAGUUCUCAACAUCUUGACAUGCGGCUUUGUCGGUUCUUACACGGUAGUGUUGGCUACAGCAUGUUACAUCUACACCAGCCUCUCUUACAUUGGCAUAGAUCUACUCUGGAGGAUUCUGAACGAAGACUUCAAGCGCACUUACACCAGUGUGCCCUUCCAACCUAAUGAUAUUAUCCUCCUGUCCGUUUGGAGCAUGCUAGCCAUCGGAGGAAUAACCAUUCAGUUGCGCCGAGAAAGACACGAGGCUCCUUUCCCACCACACCCGUAUCGGAUGUGGAAGCGUGAGAGAGAGCGCAGAGUCACCAACAUCUUGGAUCCUAGCCAUCACGUCCCUCCCUUGAGAGAGAGGAUCCAUAAUAAGCUGUCCCAGAUCAAGGACGUCUUUCAGAAAGAGCGGACGGCAGGUGAAAGAACACCGCUACUUUUAUAAACUGAUUCACGGAUGGAGACUUUGAGAAGCGUCCUUUGGGAUGGGGCACGGAAGCCAAGGACUUUCUCAGUGGCCUUUUCCACGUCCGCCGAACUGGAGAAGAAUCCACAGUUGUCCAAGACAAAUCUACUCGUUUUUGUUUUCAAGCGCCCAGGAACUUUUUGUCUGUAAUUUUAAUCUUUGAUAGAAAAAUGUGUAAAGUUAUUGGGGCAGGAAGGGUAGAAUAGAAAGGUAGCUGAAUCAGCGGAGUGUGCAACUUUAAAACCUCGGAGCCUCAAGACAGAAAAUGGUAAUUUCAGAUUCAUGGACCCUCAACAGUCCAAAAAAGGCACCCACCCCCCUUUUUAGGGGAAAUUUACCUUCUGAACAGGAUGUGCAAAAUGUUGGGGGGGGGGGAAAUACUAAUGGUGGCCUUUGUAUUUUUAGGUAUUGAAACAAGUUGGAUGAUCAGUGCUAGUAAACAACAGGUUAAAAUUGUCAAGCGGCACUGAAAUUUGAAUUUUCUUGGCUUGUGUUUGCUAGCUGUGUGGGACAAACAAAACAUUUUGACUUUGAAAUAUGGAAGAGGGGGUGGAUUUUCUCAAAUCCUCUAACAAAACUCUUUAAAAAAAAAGGCUAGAAAAGUGAAUGAUUUCUGAAAUUGAGAAUUUUUUUUUAAAGAAAGGAGCAGCAUGUAAUGUAUCUAAUGAGAUUUAACAGUAGUUUUCAGAUUGGGCUGCUGUUUCUUUAAAAUUAGUUAGCCCCCAAAUAUUUUUUUUUUCUAAUAUUUUUAAAAGAUAAAAAAAAUAGUAUGUAGAAGCAUCUUUGAUACUUCGGGGCCUAUGAAGUCAAUUUAUUUCUUACAAUAAGCAGAAGGCAUUGGGCAACUUGCUGUACAAGGAGCAAGAUUGUCUUAAAUCACGAUUUAACGUGCCUUUUCUCAUCUCCCGUGGUUUAUAUUCAGCCUUAGGGAACCAGGUUCUUUUCAAAUUGAGCUUAGUUAUGCAAAUCCAAACCCCAAAUUUCUAAUUAUUUUACCUUGACUAUUCUGAACAGCUAUUCAGAGAUUAUUUCUGCAGUUUUGGAGAACAAGGAAUGAUCCAGGGCAAGACAACUGUUCGUUUUUAAUUUAUUAUGGAGGGGAAAAAAAAUUCCAUGUAAAUGAUGUUAGUUGUAUUCUGAGCCUGCUCGGUCGUGGACAUGUAUUGAGAAAUCCCUUUUUUAAUUGGGGUUUUGUGAUGUUUCUAAACUGGGGAACUAAGUUCCUGAAUUUUGUGAAGGUAUGGAGCUUGAUUUUUUUCCCCUCAGAUAAACUUUCCUCCCCCGCCUUGCAAAAGCUAUUCUUAUAAGUUGAUUCAGUGUAGGGAGCCCCAGGCUUACAGAUUUAAUGGUAGCCUUUAAAUGUUUUCCCCCCUAGUGCAGACAGGCAGUGUUUACUCAUCUCUUUUUUCUGUUUUAAAACUGUUACAUUGGCUGUUUCUUGGGCUAUUUGCCUCAUGUUGGGACUCCACAUAAUUGGGAACGGGAAUUGGAAGAUAAGUGUCUAAAAUGGGUUGAAUGGCACAAACUGCAUGAUUUUUCCAUCCAGCCAAGAUAUUUUCUUCUCAAGUGAGAAAAUAGUGCCUAGCCAAACCAGUUAUAUCUCCCAUUUAAGAGAAAUGUGAUAUGCCUUCUAUUUUCUUGGUGCAGAAAAGAAGCAAUUUAUUGCUUUGCUAACUCACCCCUUUGUGUCCACAUAUGCUGCAGAUAAGAGGCUGCAGAACAGAUUGUGCUGUUUUGCAGGUAUCAGAUAGCUCUGAAAAAAACCUGUAAAUUUUCAGAACCGGUUGUCUAAAGUUGUGUUUCUCUGCUGCUUUACGGUCUGAAACAGUCAAACGGAUGGCAGCAAUGGUUGGAUGUUUUUGAAGAUCUUCUAAAGCCACUCUUGUGUUUUGACCUUCAAAAAGUAUAAACCUGAAAUAAUUUUAAGUGCAGGAAAGUUGGGUUAGGAGGCAGUAGAUUUGAUAAGGGUGUACAAUUGCAAUUUGUAGUAGCUGUUCAUAGGUCAGUUGCGUUUUAAGGUUGAAAAAGUGAAACAUUUUCACAUGCCUCCAGCAGUUUCAUAUUGCUGACUACUUUUUAGUGCCGAGAUGAAUUGCCACGUCUGAGGGCAUGACACUCAGGAAUCAAUUAGCUAUGAGUUUUUAACGUGCUGUAAUUGACAAUGCAACCAACAAAACAGUCACCCAAUCCCUUUUUAUAAUAAACAUUAAGUUUAAAAUGGAA